UGAGACUGACAGCUGAUUCGUCGUCACGUUUGUGUUUUUGUCAUCAAUUUGCAAAAAUUUCGCGAAAUUUAGUAAAAAAACGAGCAUAAGAGCCUUCUUGCACGAUGGGUAUCCUCGAGAAAAUCCAAGAAAUCGAACGGGAGAUCAAUCGAACGCAAAAGAACAAAGCUACUGAAUACCAUCUCGGCUUAUUGAAGGCCAAACUAGCGAAAUACCGGUCACAAUUGCUAGAGCCCUCAAAAAAGGGUGAAAAGGGCGAAGGUUUUGACGUACUCAAGUCUGGAGACGCUCGUGUGGCUCUAAUUGGAUUUCCUUCUGUCGGUAAAUCAACGCUUCUCAGUACUCUGACAAAAACCGAGAGUGAAGCGGCGAACUAUGAGUUUACAACGCUUACCUGUAUCCCCGGCGUUAUCGAGUACAAAGGCGCCAACAUUCAAUUGCUCGAUUUGCCGGGUAUCAUUGAAGGAGCUGCCCAAGGCAAAGGUCGCGGUCGUCAAGUUAUUGCCGUUGCCCGUACUGCGGAUCUCGUACUGAUGAUGCUCGACGCCACAAAGCCAAAUGUGCAUCGCGACUUGUUGGAACGCGAAUUGGAGUCUGUCGGCAUCCGGUUGAACAAGAGCAAGCCGAAUAUUUAUUUCAAACAGAAGAAAGGCGGCGGCUUAUCGUUCAAUGCAACGUGCGCCCUCACAAAGUGCAACGAGAAAAUGGUCCAGACGAUUCUGCAUUCGUGGAAGAUUUUCAAUGCGGAAGUGUUGUUCCGCGAGGACUGCACCGAGGAUGAAUUUAUCGAUGUCGUGACGGCAAAUCGCGUGUAUCUGCCCUGCUUGUAUGUCUACAACAAAAUCGAUCAGAUUAGCAUCGAGGAGGUGAAUCGACUGGCGCGCCAACCGCAUUCCGUCGUCGUUUCGUGCAACAUGCAUCUCAAUUUGGACUACCUGCUGGAAGUUUUGUGGGAUUAUUUGCAAUUGAUUCGCGUCUACACGAAAAAGCCGGGAGUCAUGCCCGACUUCGACGAUGGCCUUAUCUUGAGAAAGGGUGUUACAGUAGAGCACGUUUGUCAUGCCAUUCAUCGCACGUUGGCGGAGCAGUUCAAGUAUGCGUUAGUUUGGGGAAAAUCCACGAAAUUCGAUCCGCAAAGAGUCGGAAUCAGUCACGUAAUGGCCGACGAAGAUGUCAUUCAAGUUGUUAAGAAAUAAUAAAAAAAAAUAUUUUAGGAACUAAAGAAAAGAUCUUUAAAUGUUACUUUUUUUGUAAUUUGCAUCGAGAUUUAAUAAUAACAUUAAAUAAUUA